GAUUCCACUCAGUGUCUCUUCCUUCUACUCAAAUCGCAUUCUUCAGUGUUUGUAAUAUAAAGAGAGUAACGUGCGUGAGGAUGUAGUUUUCUUUCUAUACUUAUAUAUUAAUUAUAUAUUCACGUUCUGCUGCAGUGUCAGUAACUGUGAAAUAAAUUUCAAAUUUUUAUAUAAUUUUCAUAAUAAUUACAAAAAUUUUUAAAAAUAUUGGAGUUCUAUGUUGUGUUUAAGAUUACUUGCAAAUAGUGAAAGUUGUUCGUGUCUUUGACCUAAUUCAGUCUUUUAUGUCUCUUGGACAUAAUAUAUAUUUAUUACAUUCCAAAAUAAGAUAGAAAUUUAUAAUUAUUGAUUGAUAAUAAUUAUUGUUCAUAAUAUUGUAUAAUUAAUAGUUAAUAAUAUAUAGAAAAAAAAUUUAAAUUACGAUAAUGACGAGUACGGAUACACGUGACGUAAUCCGAGUUGGAUCUCGAAAAAGUGAGUUGGCUUUGAAGCAAACAAAAUAUGUAAUAGAAUGUUUAAAAGAAUAUCAUCCAACAAAAGAAUUUCAAAUAAUUACAAUGUCUACCAAAGGAGAUAAAAUUUUAGAUAAAUCUUUACCCAAAAUUGGAGAAAAAUCUCUAUUUACAGAAGAAUUAGAACUUGCCCUUGAAAGUGGUCGUGUUGAUUUUGUGGUACAUUCAUUAAAAGAUUUACCUACAUCGUUACCAGAAGGAAUGGCUUUAGGUGCAAUAUUAAAGCGUGAAGAUCCACGUGAUGCAGUUGUUAUGUCUAAAAAGUAUAAAAAUAAGACAUUAUCUACCUUACCAGAAGGUAGUGUUAUUGGUACUAGUUCAUUACGUAGAUCAGCUCAAUUAGCUAGAAAUAUGCCACAUUUAAAAGUGGAAAAUAUUCGGGGUAACUUAAAUACUAGAUUAAGAAAGUUAGAUGAUGAAAAUGGACCUUUUGCAGCAAUUAUUUUAGCUGCUGCUGGUUUAAAAAGAAUGAAUUGGGAAAAUAGAAUAAGUCAACUAUUAGAACCAGAAGAAGCAUUGUAUGCUGUUGGACAAGGUGCAUUAGGAGUAGAAUGUCGAGAAACAGAUUGGAAAAUAUUGUCUCUUUUAGAACCAUUAUAUGAUGUAGAAACAACUUUAAGAUGUGUAUGUGAACGCUCAUUUCUGAAAACAUUAGGUGGAGGAUGUUCAGCACCAGUUGCUGUUUCUUCAACCUUAAAAAACAAAAUUCUUACUGUUACUGGUGCUGUAUGGUCUUUAGAUGGACAAAAAUUUAUCAAAGAUACUUCUAAAAGUAAAUUGUAUAUACCUGAUGAUGAUGGAGAACCUCCAAAGAAAUGUCCGUAUCGAGAACCGCAACUUUACUGUAGUGUCGCACCUGGUAAAGUAAGCAAUUUAAGUCUUUUGGGUGCUGAACAACUCGGGAAAGAUCUUGGAAAAAAUCUUAUAGAAAAGAAUGCUUUAGAUGUUAUGGCAGAAGCAAGAAAUGAAAUUUUAAACUCCAAAUAGCGCUAAUAAUAGUUAUGAAAAAAUAUAAAAAUUAGUCUUUCUUGAUGAUGAAAACAAAAUUAGGAAAACAAAAUAGAAAUUCACAUUUAAAGAUUUUUAAUAUUUUCAUAAUUAAUUAAUAUGAAAAAAGUACAAAAAAUGACUUAUAAAAAUUCUAGUUCAUUUUAUCACAAUUUAAAAUUAUUGUUUAUUAUAUCGUUUAAUUUACAAUCUUUAUUUUAAUAAGUAUAUUUAUAAUAUAUUCUGUUUUUAUUCCAUUUGUUGCUUCAUAAAUAAAAAAUUGUAUACAGACUUGAUUAUAUAUAUAUAUAUAUAUAUUAUUAAACGCAGUUUAAAGUAAAAGCUAUACACUGCCGUAUUAUAAUUUAAAAGUCAUAUAAAAUGUUAUUGUUACUAGGCAUAAUAAUUUAUAAUGUUUCAUAUUUUUAAAUAAAAUUAUGAAUGCAAUGUAUCAUACUUGACAUUAUGAAGCUUCAUAAUUCAUAUCAUAUAAAUAUCUAUUUUCUUAAAACAGAUGUCAUUAUCAAGAAAACUAAUUAUAUAAAAUAUGUUAAUAUAAAUAUUAUAGUGAAAUAAAAAUUUAUAAAAUAUUAUAUCAUAAAAAAAAUAUAUAACAUUUUUUUUUAUAUUUUAAUAGUAUGAUAAUAAUAAUGUAUAAUUGUACAAUAUUUUUAUAUUGAGUAAAAUGAGUAAAUUUAUUUCAAGUAAAUGAUCAUUGCACUUAUAUAAUAAAGUAAUAUAUCUUUCUCUUAUUACUUUUAUUAUAGAAAUUAUAUCUAUUUUAUUAUUUUCUUUUAUUUUUAUUCAUUAUGCUAAUUUGUCAUUUUUCUGGAAUACAGGUUUCUGUUAAUUAUUUCAUGGAUAUAAAGAUCUUAAUAGAUCAAUUAUUUAUUAAAGAUUAUUAUAAUUAUUAAUAGAUCAUAAUUUAUAAAAAAAUUUAUAAAUCAUACAUAAAUAUUUGUAAAACAUUAUAUAUUUUACGUGUUAUUACAAAUUGUAAGGAAUUAAAAGGAUAUAAAAAAUUA